AUGGAAAUGCAUCCCAUCCUGCAAAUUGGAAGUGAUGUGGAGCUAACGAUAGCAAGAUCAGCUCAAAGACGUCCGAUCAGUUGGCGCCUUCUAUGGGAAACCAUCGGAGGCGGUGGUUUCAGUUUCAACGUGACGACCCUUACAUUCGACGAAUCGUAUUCUCCUCUCUUCAGCGAUUUCAACAUUCAACGAUCUCCCGACGAUAAGACCGCCCGCCUUCUCCUCAACCGUCUCUCAGGGUCUGGCAUUAUAUCAUCUGAUUAUUACAAGUAUGGUUUCUUCAGCGCCAGCAUUAAGAUGCCUUCUCGAUAUACCGCUGGCAUUGUCGUCGCCUUCUAUACAUCAAAUGUGGACACAUUUGAAAGGAAUCACGACGAAUUAGACAUAGAAUUUUUGGGAAAUGUAGAAGGAAAAGCAUGGAGGUUCCAAACGAACGUGUACGGGAAUGGAAGUGUUUCACGUGGGAGGGAGGAGAGGUACCGAAUGUGGUUCGACCCUAGCAAGGACUCUCAUCGCUAUAGCAUACUUUGGACUCCAACAAACAUCAUAUUCUACGUGGACGAAAUUCCAAUACGAGAAGUAAUCCGCAACGCCGCCAUGAGAGGCGACUACCCCUCGAAGCCGAUGUCCGUGUACGCCACCAUAUGGGACGCCUCCUCUUGGGCCACUAGCGGCGGCAAGAAGAAAGUCGACUACAGAUACCAACCCUUCGUGGCGGAGUUCAGAGAUCUGGUCCUCGAGGGCUGCAUCGUCGACCCCGUCGACCAACUCCUCUCCAGCAACUGCACCGACAUCACGGCGGCGCUCAUGGCCAGGGAUUUCGCCGCCGUCACCCCUCGGCGGCGGCAGUCGAUGGCGUGGUUCCGGCAGAGGUACAUGUAUUAUUCGUACUGCUACGACAAUGUGAGGUACCCGGUGUCCCCACCCGAGUGCGUUGUUGUGCCUUCGGAGAGGGAGAUGUUUAGGAGCAGUGGGGGGUUGAGGGGUAGUGCCAGAUUCGGUGGCGGCAGCGGCGGCGGCCGAAGCCGCCGGAGACGAUCUGGGAGGAAUGCGAGGCGGCGGAGUGGGCCGGGUUAAUGCUGCUAUGUGAUGUGC